CUCCACCAAAAUUUCUGAAGCUUCUCACCACGGCCAAGAGCCCGCGAGCGACCGGCGAGGCGUGCAGGCGACCGUGGCUCGACUUUCGACGAGUCGCACAUACCAAUUGGAAUUACAGACACAAAAGAUGCGGCGGUUAGCAAUAUUACGGCAGGCCUCCGGGCUGCUGCGCCCCCACCAGCCGGCCCCGUGCGCAUCCCGGUGGUGCCCUUCUGCCGCCAACGUCACCGGCAACCCCAGCUUCUUCUCGACGACCCGCCCGAGGCCGGCAGGACACGAUACCGCCGCCGACGCAGCAGCCCAGGGCGCUGCCGCUACCACCACCACCACUGCCACCGACACGGCUGUCGCAGCGUACGAGCCGCCCGCGACCAGGCGGCGCGGGGCGGCGGCUGCGGCAGAUCCCAUCAUCACGGACCUGACGCUGCCGCCGGAGCCGCAGUGGGCGCCGACGGCCAAGGAGGUCGCCUACACGCCCGCCGUCACGGGCGACGACCUCCCGAUGGUGGGCGGGUUCGACCGCUGGUGGGACCGCCCAGGCCACUGGACUGGCCGCCUGGGGUUCGAGCCCUUCUUCGCCGGCGGCGCCGCCAAGGUCAAGGACGCCGCCGCGCUCGAGGCCAUCGUGCGCCGCGCGGCCGUCGAGGCCCUUGCUGUGCGCGCGGCCGCCGCCGGAUCUGCCAAUGAGGGGCACGGCGGGGCCGAGGUGACGCUCACGGGCCGCUGGGCCGUCGGUGGGCGCGAGGCUGCGCUCCGCGCGCUGGCUGAUCCUCUGCAGGUGUCGCCGGACGGCAAGGCUUGCCUGGCGACCGAGUCGGUUGCUCCCCUGGUCGCCGACCUGACCGCGGACGUGGAGGGUGCGGGACCUGAUACCCUGGACGCCGGCGAGGCGGCUGCCCUUGUAGAGACGUGGGGCCCCAGCUGGAAGGCCAUGUCACUCGACGAUGUAGCCCUCAAGUUUGCGAUCGCCAAGCGCGUCCAGCAGCUCUCCGGCCACAUAUUGGUGGACAGCAAGCUCAACAGCGUCCGCACAGUCAAUGACCUGAUCAAGGUCUUGAUCACGCCACCGAAGCCGAAGAAGCUGGCGGAGGAGAUCGAGUCACGCGGCGAGCUAGCCAAACUCCCCAACGUUGCCGUCUACAACCGCAGGGUCACGCCCAUCGACAAGGACAAGAUGGUGGGCCGCUGGAAGGUGGUCGUCCAGGAGCUCGAGAAGCGCGACCUCCCUGUCACGGGCAAGGGCAAGUACGGCCGGAGCGUCGAGAAGUCCUGGGUCAGGGGUGGAGCAUGAUGCCGGCCCCUUUUUGGCAACCAUUUUCGGCACUGAGCGAGUCUAUCUCGAGCCCGCAUGUGACUAUGUUGAGUCACUUUACCUGUCUGCGCUCCUGGAGGGAACGCGGUAGCUAUGGGAUUCCGUUCUCCUCGACGGCAUUUCCUGUACAAAUGGAUUCAUGCGUUGCGCUUCCCCGUCUUUGUUUCCCGGAACGAGAGAAUCGACGGUUUCUAAAGAUGUACUGGGCUGUACAAAAUAAUUGUCGGUAUAUUGGGAGGGCGUGUGGGAUGUAAAAAAGCAAGGCAAAAAUACUCAGAUUACUAGCAUCCAUGGAGACACUCCCGUCCAGACAUAGCCGGCUCGCCAAGAGGGGAUCCCGACAUAAGCAAGUUGCCGGAGCGAGGAAAUAGAACACUUGGAAGAACAAGCCCUGCGCUGCGCAA